CUUUAUUAUCUGUUAUAUUCAGCACGUUAACAGUGUAAUAAAAUAUUUAAGCGCUCACUUUACCUUUUAAGUGUUGUAAGGAUUAAGCAUACGGUUCAUUCAAAAGCAAUAUGUCGUUGAGAGCAGUCAGAAUUUUGCCAACUUUACUGCAAGCGCAAAGGUGUUUUUUGCAAAAUACGCUUAGUAAUUAUCGACACGCACAAACAACUUCAAAUACAACUUAUACAGCAACACCGAAAGCAACAAGCAAUGAAAAGGCUUUUAACGCCAGCACACAAAAAGAGAUUGAUCAUCAUGCGGCGUUAUCAGCGGCUUGGUGGGAUUUAAAUGGUCCGUUACAUGGUUUACACAAGCUUAACGAAAUAAGAGUACCUUUCGUGUGUAAUGGCUUGAGUGCAAAAGGUUUCAACGACACUUUGAGUUUGAAAAAUAAAAGUGAAGUGCUACAAGGUGUAAAUAUAUUAGAAGUCGGUUGUGGUGGCGGCAUAUUAACGGAAGCAUUAGCACGUCAAAAUGCCAAUGUAACCGGCGUUGACUUGGGCGAAGAUGUCAUAUUAACGGCACAGCAACAUUUAAAGGAACACAGUCCCGCACUAAUAGAGCGUAUAACAUAUAAAACAGAGUCCAUAGAGGAGCAUGCAGCAAAAUAUACCAAUCAUUAUGAUGCAGUUGUGUGUUCAGAGGUGUUGGAACACAUUGACGAGAAGGAAGCUUUCUUAAAGGAUUGCGUUAAGGCUUUAAAGCCAGGUGGUUCCAUAUUUAUAACGACCUUGAAUAAAACCGUACGACUGUGGGUCAAAGGCAUUAUUUUAGGAGAAUACGUAUUUGGUGUGGCACCGAGAAAUACACAUCACUGGCGUAAACUGAUAGCACCAGAAGAUGUAAAGCAAAUGCUAACUGCAUUAAAUUGUCAGACUAUAGCGCUGAAUGGCUUCGCUUACGAUGUGUUUCAGAAGCGUUGGCGUUGGAUUGAUACUACCAAAAUGAGCUAUGCUCUACACGCUACUAAAGCUGUUUAAAUUAUUUUGAAACUGUUAAUGUAAAGCUUUCUACACUAAAAAUAAGUUAAAUUUACCUUGUUUAAAUUAAAAUUGUAUAUGAAAACCAUAAACCAUUAUCACCCAGUACUCAAUGUUGUUGUCGCUCUGCCAACAAAAUAUAACAUAACCAACACAAACACUACAAUAUAACCUUUUUUGCAUUUGCUGGCAGCAAUCACUAUGCACUUUCUGCUUUUUGUUUAGCACUAUUUGUAAUUUAAUUUAAUUAAUUUUGAAUUUUUAUUUGACUGUGAAGUUCUACUCCAGCCGGAUAUAUGUAUACUAAUGUCAAAAUGAACACAAGGCUCACAAUAUAUUUUAAAAUUACACAUGCAUUUAUAGCUGUCUCAGCAGAUAAAUUCAUUUAUUUUCAUUCAUAUAGAGAAAACACAACAAAAUCAUUAAAUUAAUAUUAUAAUUAUUGUAUCAAAUGUAUAAUAUUGUUGCAAUUGUACUGCACAGUUUAUCUUGUUCUCUUGUUGUGCCUCGAAUAUGGCAACCUGCCGGCAGCACGAUUGAUUGUCAUUUCCAUAUGAUCUGUAUUUAUUUAUUUCAAAAUGCAUAAAGUGUAUUAAAUGUAAAAUUUUAAUUAGUGUGUUUAAAAGUGUAGAAUUCGAUAUUAUUUGCAAUAAUAACACAUUAAAGAACUCAAAA